AUGAAGAAGACACAAAAAAUUGAUACUUUUUUUAAAAGAAAGAAUUCUGAAGAUUCAUCAUCGCAAGUAAAUCCAUCUACAAGUGUUGAUCAAUUAAAUUCUGAAAGUCGUCCUGGAAAAUCUCAAAGAAUUGAAAUAAAUGAGAAGUUUGACAUUCAAGCAUUAGAACGUGAUCCGGGAUUGCGACUACCAAUAUGGAUGUGCCCCGUUGACAAACGUGAUGAAGUUAGGAGAGCCUAUAUCAAGGCCGGCCCAUAUCAAUGUUUGCUUUCAAAGUAUCCAAAAUCUGGAGAAAAGCAUCCUCGUAGUUUUCAAGCAUCUUGGUUUAAAUUAUUCCCUUCUUGGUUAGAAUAUUCUCCUAGUAAAGAUGCAGCAUUUUGUCUACCAUGUUAUUUAUUUCAUACUCAAGAUGGGCCUUCCGGAUUGCAUGCUUUUACUACCAAUGGUUUUUGUUCAUGGAAGAAAGUUAGAGAUGGAAAAAAUUGCUCAUUUUUAGCACCUAUUGGAAAAGAUCUCACCUCCCCUCAUCGAAAUGCCGAGAAAGCUUGCUCAUAUCUCAUGAACCAACAAUCACACAUUGCACAACAUAUUGAGAAAUUCACAUCUCAAGAAGUAGUUGAAAAUAGACUUCGCUUGAGAACUUCAAUUGAGGCAACGAGAUGGCUUGCAUUUCAAGGAUGUUCUUUUAGAGGUGAUGAUGAGUCAAUAACAUCAACAAAUCGUGGAAACUUUUUAGAGUUAUUGAGUUUCAUUGCUUCUUUUAAUGAUGAAGUAACAAAAGUUCUUGAUAAAGCUCCACGAAAUGCAACAUACACAUCACCAACAAUACAAAAACAAAUUCUGCAAGUGUUGGCAACUAAAGUAAAAAGUGCUAUCCGAGAAGAAAUUGGUGAUGCAAAAUUUUGUAUCAUUGUUGAUGAAGCUCGAGAUGAAUCAAAGAAGGAACAAAUGUCAAUUGUCUUGAGAUUUGUUGAUAGAGAUGGCUUUAUACAAGAGCGAUUCUUUGGUGUUGUUCAUGUUAAGGACACUAUUGCAUCAACAUUGAAAGAAGGUAUCUUUUCUAUCUUAUCUCGUCAUAAUCUUGAUGUUCAAAAUAUUCGAGGACAAGGUUAUGAUGGUGCAAGUAACAUGCGUGGAGAGUGGAAUGGAUUGAAAGCUUUAAUCUUGGAUAAAUGUCCUUAUGCUUAUUAUGUUCAUUGUUUUGCACAUCGAUUGCAAUUGGCAUUAGUAGCUUCAUCAAAAAAAGUCAUCCCUGUCCAUCACUUUUUCACUAAGUUGAACUCCAUUAUUAAUGUUGUUGGGGCUUCAUGUAAGCGCAAUGACCAGUUGAAAGCUGCUCAUGCCUCAAAUAUUGCUCAUUUGCUUAGUAUCGAUGAGCUUAAAAGUGGGAGGGGUCUUAACCAAAUUGGUUCUUUACAAAGGCCCGGUGAUACUCGUUGGAGCUCUCAUUUGAAAUCCAUAUCAAGUUUGAUGAGAAUGUUUAGUGCAACAUGUGAAGUUUUACUUAAUAUUAUUGAAGAUGGAACUACACCUACUCACCGUGGAGAUGCCGAUGCAGCUUAUGAGGUAAUGACUUCUUUUGAAUUUGUAUUCAUUAUGCACCUCAUGAGAAAAGUUCUAGAGAUUUCUAAUAUGCUUUGCCAAGCUUUGCAACUCCAAUCUCAAGAUAUAUUGAAUGCAAUGCAUCUUGUGACAUCUACUAAAUUGCUUAUUCAAAAAUUAAGAGAUAGUGGAUGGGAUGAAUUAGUUUCAAGUGUGAAGUCUUUUUGUGAAAAUGUCAAUAUAAGUGUGCCAGAUUUUGAUGCUCAAUAUAUUGCAAGAAGAGGAAGGGCUAGGAAUCAACAAGAUGAAUUAACAGUUGGACAUCAUUACAAAGUUGAUAUUUUUAAUGCGGUGAUUGAUUCUCAGUUGCAAGAGUUGAACAAUAGGUUUGAUGAUAAAGCAAUGGAGUUAAUUGUUCUGAGUUCAUCCCUAGAUCCAAAAGAAAUGCGUAUAUCAUUCAGAAUUGAUGACAUUUGCAAGUUGGUAGAGAAGUUUUACCCACAAGACUUUGCAGAUUAUGAGAUUUUGCAAUUAAGAAUGCAACUUGAACAUUUUGAACAUGUGCAACAACUUCCUGAUUUUAAAGAACUAGAAAGUAUUUCUGAUCUCUGUCAAUGGAUGGUGAAAACUAGAAAAUUGGACAUAUAUCCUCUUGUGUUCAGAAUAGUAACUCUCAUUCUCACGCUUCCCGUAUCUACAGCUACUACAGAACGAUCUUUUUCUGCCAUGAAAAUAGUCAAGACUACACUUCGUAACAAGAUGGAUGAUCAAUUUUUCAAUGAUUGUUUGUUAGUGUACAUUGAAAAGCAAAUUGCAAAACAAUUUAGUAUAGAUUCAAUUAUAGAUGAUUUCCGUGAUAUGCAAGAGAGACGUUCUAAAUUUUAG